UAAUAGUCCUUGGAUUCUGCUCCCGUUGCAAGCUGAUCUCCCUGUUCGUGCCAAUGUCCACAACACUCGUCGAAGUCCUGCGUACCUCAGUCGAGGCUCAUAAUGAUACCUUCGAGACUUUACUAAACCUGAUACCCGCCAAAUACUACCUGGCCAAAGAUGAUCAUGAUGCAGACAACAACGUUCCGUCCAAGUAUCAAAAACACAGCAAAAACAAAAAGGCACCCAAACAAGCUGCGAAGGAGGCAUCAAAAAAGGCUCGCAGGGAUAAGCUGGACCCAGCCAAUCAAAAGUCGGUCAUCGACCUUCAGAAUGAAGCUGCUCUUGAGUUGGAAAAAACCAACUCGAAAGUCAAGGGGAAACAGAAAGCUGCGGUGCUCGGGUCCGAUUCUGGUGCCGACGACGACGAUGUUAUGCAAGUGGAUGAUGUGGAUCUCAGCGAUACCGCUGUGACCGCCCCACUCGACCCCAUAGUGCCCAUGGCUAAACCGGAGAGUAUCGCUGCUCUUCGAGAUAAACUGCAUCUGCGCAUGGCAGCCCUCCGACGUGGUGGACAAGGUGGUGGAGAGCCGGGAGAUAAAGACGAACUUUUAGAACAACGGAGAAGGCAACGCGCCGCACUUCGUGAAAAAAGACGAAAAGAGACAAAAGAGAGGCGCAAGGCAGAGGCUGAAGGCAAAAAGGGAAGCAAGAAGGAAGUGACGAGGGGUCUUCCUGUCAAGAAUCAGCUACUUGUUCCGGACUUGCCGGCCGCCUCAAAAGGAACUGCUGCAUCUCGCCUUACCGAUGGUCCGUUGACUAAUGUGUCUUUUGCUGUGGUGGCCGGGAGUUCGAGCAAAAAGGCCGCAUCACUCAAGACGUCUUCCAAUCCGAAUCAAGCUUUAUCGCAGCUCGCUGCGCGGAAGGAAAAAUUAGAUUCGAUGCCAGAGGACAAACGCAAAGUUAUAGAAGAUAAGAGUCGCUGGGCAAAAGCGGAGGCGCGUCUUGAAGGCGUUAAGGUCAAAGAUGAUGAAGUGCGCCUCAAGAAAGCAGUAAAACGGAAAGAAAAGGAGAAAACCAAGAGUAAGAAGUCCUGGGAGGAGAGGAAAGACCAACUCACGGCUUCCAUGGCUGCAAAGCAGAAGAAACGUUCAGAUAACAUCGCGAUGCGAAAUGAGCGACGGAGCGAUAAACGAAAGUCUUCAUCGUCAAAGGGGAAAACUAAAGCUCGACCUGGUUUUGAGGGCAAGGCUUUCCAUAAAGGUAAAGGGAAAGCUACGGGCAAGCACAAGUAGCUGGGUCAUACCUGAGUCGAUGCGUGAGAGGUGGUGGGAUUUGGGGUGAAUGGAGACAUGACACGGCCAGCUUAAUCUCUACAACAGUGCGGAUUCUCUUAAUCGGCGGCCUCACGCUUUCGGGUGACAGACUAUUUAGCCACUGUUCUGCACAAGCGAAAAUAUUUGUGUGGCUGCAUUGAAAGGGGCCAAUUGCCCUGCGCCCCAAGCGUUUAAAAAUUCAAAGAAGGGACGUUCUUGGCUUGGCCAAUACAGUACUGACUAUUGAAUUCAAAGAGGGGACAGUUAUGACGUCUUCGAACCACGACAGUUUAUAUACCGCUUGCCUCGAGUCUCCUCUCUAGUCUUCCCCGACUG